UGAAUAAAAAAAAAAAAGGUUCAAACACAAAGGAAGAGGAGAUAAGCCUCUCUGUGCCCGGCGGAGAGCUGCAAAACCCGGACUGGAGUCUGGCGGCGUGAGCAAGACAAGUCGAGCCCUUUCAUCUGACAGGAAAAGUAAAAAUCUACAAGUACAAGAAGACAACAAUCAGACCGACCACAAGAUGUCAGCGUCCUUAUUAGGCGGGAAAUCUCUGGCUCUGGGCCACGGGGCACAGGUAAAGACACAGGAUGAGUUUGUCAGAGUGAGGAAAAGAGAUUUAGAGAAGUUAACCACAGAAGUCAUGCAGCUGAGGGAGUUCCUGCCCAGAGUUCUGAAUGGAGACCUGAUUGAAAUGCUGCACAAAGCUCGAGCAGCUCAGACAAUGAGGGAGCGCCUUGCGGUGGAACAAGAGCAGUUGCAACAGGAGUGUCUGCACCUUCAGUCCCGACUGGAUGCAGUGCAGACUGAAUGUCAGAAAGAGAGAGAGGAGAAGCUGCUGUUACGUGAGCAGCUGUGGCAGAGCGGAGCAGAGCUGCAGCAGCAGGCAGACUUCUGCUCUGGUCUGGGAUCUGCAGCCUGCAGUCUGCUGUGGAGCUGCUCUGCCAAGGAGGACACUGUGGCGCACUGGCUGGUUGAUGGUAAGCUGCAGUCCUUCCUGACCUUAGCUGCUCAGACUCUGGAGAGCUUUGUCAGGUCGCUGGAUGAGGAGAUGAAAACUGAGGACCACAACUCCCAGGAUCACCAGUUUGUGCUGGCUCUGGCUGGAACCAUUACUAAUAUAGCAGCAGUGGCGUGUGGGCGGGACUUCCUGUCCAGCUCGGCUCAUGUCCUACUGGACACUCUGACGAAGCUUCUGGAGCUGAUGAAGCCUGGUGUCUUCCCCAAACUGAAAGUGUUGAUGCUGAUGGCUCUGUAUAAUGUCAGCAUCAGUGUUAAAGGACUGAAGUACAUCAGUGAGAACCCAGGACUCCUGCCUCUCAUCUCGACCCUGCUGGACGAUGGAGACUGGGAGGUUUGUCUCCACUCUCUGCGUCUCCUGCAGUCGGUGUUGUUGGAGGAGGAUGUGCUGCUCCUGUUGGGCUCCUCCCUGCUGGAUCCAGAUCUCCAAGCUCGGGUCAGUCGUCUCACCUCCAAGGUGCAACCCAGCCUGAGACUGGCUGCCCAGCAGACCCUGGAGGACCUGAAUGCCCUCCAACAGGGCCGGGGGUGUAAACAGAGCAGCCUCUAAUGUGGAUUCAGUAUGUUCAGCCCAGUCCUCCUCCUCCUCUUGUUUAACUUCCUUUCAUGUCACAUCAGAUCUGUCUGUUUCUGUGCGUAUAAGUGCAAUAUGAGUAUCAGAGCUAUUAUAGCACAUCACACCUAUAAAGUUAAAGGAACAGAUUUUCAUAUCUAAACUUUUAUGACUGUUUUUACUUGCACUGUUGAGCCUUCAGAUUUGUUCUCAUGGUUUGUUACUCACUUAUUGUAAUACAGGUUUGUACAAGAUACAUUAAAGUUGUGAUGUUUGCACACUU